GCUGCUUCCAGGCGGUGAUCGAGAGCGCCCCGAAGACUAAUGCAGAAAAUCAAUAAGAACGUGGUCCUGGCGCUCCUUUCUCUGACAAGCCUGGUUUUCCUCCUCUUCCAGUUGUACUAUUACAAGUUCUACCUAUCGCAGAAGAAUGGAGCAGUUUUUUCAAAAGUCAGAGGAAGCCAGUCAGGCCAAGACAGCACUAGAUGGCAUGUGGUUAGGAAGUUCCUAGGCUUAAUAUCCAGUCACAAUAUACCAGUAUAUUUGAUCGAUCCUUUGAUUCUGGGACUGGUUGAUAAAGACAUUGAACAGAUCAGAAGUUCUCCUGAUGGUCCUAGUCCAGAAUGCAAGUAUUUUUGCGCUCCAAGAGACUUUACUACAUUUGCAUUACUGGACAAAACGUGGAAACAUGAAGUGGGCCUUUUUAGAACUGCUGAGAAAAUGGGGUUCCAGUGGCUAAAGAUUUUAAACAAGGACCCUCGCUUGGAUGGGAUGGAUGACCUGUCUGGGAUUGAAAUUCCCUUGCACUACAUAUUUAAACUGGCAUCUCAUGCCAUUCACCUGGUGGUCUUCUAUGAGAGGAGUGGUAAUUAUCUGUGGCAUGGCCCCCUGAGGCUCAAGCAACAUAUGGACAGAAAGUUUGUGCCUUUCCGGAAACUCCACUUUGGUCGCUACCCUGGAGCAUAUGAAAAGCCAGAACUUCUGCUUGUUUCCAUUGAUGACUUAAAAGUUCAAAUUCCAAAAAAUCCAUCCAGUUUUCUAGAGGAGAUGUCACACUCUAGAUUUCUUGAAUGUAGGUACAGAGAAGCUCGGGCUUUCUUUCAGCUGUAUCCUGAUGAUGCUUCUGUUGAUGCAGUGGAGUUCAGAAAAAAAGCAAAAUCCUUGCUCCAUCUGGCUGCCCUGACACUGAAUAACUUAGGAGUAAAGUUCUGGCUGAGCAGUGGAACAUGCCUUGGCUGGUAUAGACAGUGCAAUGUCAUUCCUCACAGCAAAGAUGUGGAUUUGGGAGUCUUUAUAAAGGACUACAAAGCAGAUAUCAUUCCAGCCUUUCAGAAAGCAGGGUUACCAUUGAAGCACAAAUUUGGCAAGGUAGAAGACAGCUUGGAACUCUCUUUCCAGGGAGAAGACGAUGUGAAACUUGAUAUUUUUUUCUUCUAUGAAGAGGAUGACCACAUAUGGAAUGGAGGAACUCAGGCCAAAUCGGGCAAGAAAUUUAAGUAUCUCUUUCCAAAGUUCACUCUGUGUUGGACUGAAUUUGUAGAACUCAAGGUACACGUGCCCUGUGAAACUCGUCAGUAUGUUGAAGCCAACUAUGGCCCGGACUGGAAGGUUCCUGUGAAGACGUGGGACUGGAAGAGCUCACCAUCCAACGUGCAGUACAAUGGCGUCUGGCCUGUCAACGAAUGGGACGAUGUCAUUCAAAUCUACUGACCACAUGACUGCUAAUAGAGCAUGCCUGCUAUCCUUGAAACUGCCAGUUUGUAAUUUCCUAUUUCCCAAAGGCAUCAAGAUCCAUUCCUUUCAUAACUUCUCACCUGUUUCCUAAGGAGACCUGUACAUUUUUUUGCUUAACAGGUGCGCUCUGGGGCUUCCCUGCUGUUUUCAUCCUGGAGUGUGCUGCAUGCUUUUUCCUGCCAAUCCUCUCAGUUCCAGCAGUCUCCUGCCACUGAAGCACUGGAGUAAAUUACUCAGCUUCUGGCAACAGCUUGUCAUGCUGGCUCUUCAAUUGGUGUGGUAACUUUGUUAGCUUUGCCUAAUUAAGAAGAGAGAGAUGUAAAUCCUGCUAAUGCCGUUUACUUGGUAAAAUAAACAUUAUGUCAUAAGGGAUAAUUUCUCAGGUAGAAUUUUUUGUAUUUUUUCCUUAAAAUCAAAAAAGCCAAUGUCCUUAUGUUUUUUGUGUUCAGAACUCUGUUGUUGUGAACUUUUGUUUAAUAACAUACAAUAAGCCUGUAAGUUUUUCAAAUGUGAUAGGUGUUUAAGAGUGAAAGAAAAGAUACUAUCAGAAAAUUAUAAUCCUGUCAAAUUUUUGACUUUGUAUUUGUAGAUGGAAAGACUAAUGGAAAAAAAUGCAUGUCCCUGAAAGGGAGGAUGUCUUAAAUAGUUGAUUAUACCUGUAAGUUAUUCUUCAGGUUAAAAUAUUUUCUCUCCGGAAGAUACAAGUGUAUAUUUAACACUGAUUAAAGGAAGGAGAGUCUAAUUUGCAACUCA